CCUGAAUCUGCUAUGCUACUUGUGUUUCUAUUAUUUUCUCAACCCUUUCUCUAAAAAUUGCAGUUCUUCCUUUUUCUUUUGUCGGUUGAUUGCUAACCUCCAAUUCUCUGGUUACUCUCCUCUUACGUAUCUCACAUCUUCAUCGGUCGGAAAUUUAAAGGGGACUUGGUGGUGUCUGGAUUCACUGUUAGUUGCGUGAAUUGGUGUUUAGAUACGUGGUGUUAGGUGGAAUCAGCCUGAAAAAAGGUAAAAGUUUGAGGAGUUGGAUAUUUAUUUCGAGCUAACGGCUAUGUCUGGAAACCAAGAGCCUCGGAUCAGCCUGCCUACCUGGCGGUGCAGCAAUUUCAGUGCUGCUAUUCCAAUCAAGAAGAGGAAGUACUUUGUGCAGCCGGCAAUGGAAGAACCAGGCUCAAAACGUUUGGGAAAUAAUCCACAACCUAAUGAGCAAGGUGAUACUAGUGUUGGUAGGAGUGCUUUGGAUUCAGCUGAUGCUGAUGAAAGUCAGAAAAUGAUCGGUGGACCUAGGAAAAUUAUUGGAGGACUAAUCCCUUCUUUGUCGUCUGUUAAUGCUGGUAAAGCAGAGAGCACUGGGAACAAAGUUCUUGACCAUGUUAGAGUGAAAGUUGAUGAGCCAAAUUUGCCAUUUCACUCGAGUCCUUUGGAGGUCCCUUCCAUUUCUAACAUACUUGGCACUUCACUCCCUUCUUCUCUGGGAAAGCUUCCUGCGGGUGCUGAACAUCGUGGUCCACUUGUCACCUCUGGAUUGAAAGUAGAACAAGCUCUUCGUAAAACCCGUGACAUUGUUAGGGAGACAUGUGGCCAGGUAAAUCUCAGAGGAGAGUGUCAAACAGAAGCAUCUUCUAGUGCAGGUACUGUUUCCAUGCGGCUAGGUUGUACAACUAAAACCAAUUCUCCAUAUGGGGAGAAUGAAGAGCCUACAGCACUGAAUUUGUCGUUCAGCAAGGGAGUUUAUGCUCCUCAUAGCACAGAUUCUGUUUCCAUUUGUACCAAAUCUGGCCAUCACAGUGGUGUGAACAGAUCAAAUUGGGAUUUAAAUACUACCAUGGAUGCUUGGGAAGAUGCUCUAGAUCGAAAGACUAGAGCUAGCACAACUGGUGCAAAUUUAAACAGUACCGCAAGUCUUCAUGACAUUGAGACAUCAAGUUGUCGUGAUACAACUGUUAUUUCAAAGUCUGUUUCUGAAAAACACAAGGAAAGAGUAGGAUUUAAAUCUCCUACGGUGACUUUGACGCAGUUUGACCAUCAGGUUAAUCCCACAUGUUCACUUAGUCUAGGCCUUAGUUCAUAUCCUCCUAUUGAAAAAUCCCCUUCUCUAUCAGCUACCACAUCGGAGGCAAGAGCUGCUAGUACAACUUUUUCCAGACCAAUAAUGGCUGCUGGUAAUGUGAACUCGGUAAAUCUUAGGACUGUAAAGUCAGAAGUCAUUGAAGAGAGUGCUCAGGUUUGUCCAAUCGGGCUAUCUAUUAAAAGGGUGAAACAAGAGGUUGUUGGCAGAUUCAGACAAGAAAAUAGUUCAUCAUCUGGCAGUUUGAACCCAGUGGAUCCUAUAUCAAUAAAGGCUGAGCCAAGUAACUUCACUCAGUCUGAAGUUUUUACUAGGCAAGAUGGGACGAUGAAUCAUCCCCAUACAGCAAUAGUGCAAUCAAAUCAGAUCCUUGAUUUACCUACAAGUUCGACGCCAAAUCAGAAGGAUAAAUAUAUUCCCUAUCCUAGUGGCUUCAGCAAUGUGCCAAUGUCCUUGGAUGAACUGACAAGAAAUCCAGGCGUCAAGAGUUAUCUUGACAAUACGUUAAAUGUGAAAUCAGGCCAGAGUAGCAGUGCAGCUAUUGAAAAACCAUGCGAAGCGCUGAAACAUGGUGUAGUUCACAUGAAUUAUCCAUGCUCUGGUCAUGGAGAUCAUAAUCUCGAUGCAUCAGGUGUGAAUGUUUCUUUGGCUGAAGAGAUAAUUUUAGAUGAUUGCAAGACCCAUAUAUCGAAAGAACUCCCUGGUAAUUCUCGUGGAACUGGUGAACAUUCUAUAAGUAAUGAAGAAAAGGUUAUUUUAUCUGGUAAGCAGCUAGGGGAAGAGUUAUACAAUUACAGGUACGAAUCAGGUUGUGGUUAUGAUCCAUCUAGAGUACUAAAGAAGCAAGUUGGAAAAAGAAAUUUGUACAAUGACGGGAAUGUCCUAAGACCAGCUGCCGGUAUUGUUCAUAGUGGCUUUCAAAAUUCUAACCAUGUGGAAAACUAUGUGGAAGAAAAAGAGAGUCAACCUGCACUUCUUGGUAACACAGGCGAAAUGGCAAGCACUGAGGUUCAGAUUAAGAGGCUUACUCCAGAAAUUCCGAGGGAAAGUGAAGGCCAGAUAGUUCAGGAUGGUGAACAAUCAACCCAUCAAAUAAUUCAUGCAAGUGAAGGAGUGUCAGGUGUGUCUACAGUGUUAGGCGGGAACGUUGAAAACCCUGAAAUAGUAUAUAACAGCAGUCCAGUUUCAUACAAGGCAGAAAUUUCUACUAUUGACAAUGAUCCUCUUGAGGAGUUCAGUGAAGGUAGUCAAAGUCGAGUUAUAAACCAAGCUCAGGCUUGUAAUAAAUCUCCAAUUAAGACACCAGAUGCCUCAGACAGUUUUGUGCCAUUGCGUAUGGAAAGAGAUAGAUUGCCUGAUUUCCCACAUGAACCACGGAAAUAUCUCUUCAGAGGGAGUGACGAAUCCUGCAAAUUCUCGCGUGAGAGGUACCAUGGCAAAAUUAUGAGAAGCUCAAGGCUAAAUUUCAUGCCUGACAAAAGGAGAUUUUCUGAUAGAACAGAAAGCAAUCUGCAUGACCGGGAUACAAAAAAUUUUGAGUUCGACAAUCAUGGAAACACUCGUCGGGGUGGGGCUUUUAUGAGUAAUUUUCAUAGAGGGAGACGGCCUGCAAAUGAUGAAGUAGCCCCUUUUUCCCACUCCUUUACGAGAAGAGCCCCUAGCUUUUCAUUUACUCAAAGAGGAUCAACAAAUAAAGAGGAUCCAUCUGCUGCAUUUCACGGAUUUAGAGAUGGUGAAAAAUUCACGAGGGGAUUACAAUCCAACAACACGGAGCCAACGUUUAUGAGUCAGCAACGUCCGUAUCAAGGUCGGAAUGGAUUUGCUCGAGGACGAGCAAAUUUUUCAAACAACCCCAAACGAGGUUUUCCUGGAUUUCGUUCUCGAUCACCGAUCAGAUCAAGAGAACGAUCAUCUGGUCCAUCCUCGUCUUUCAGGAACAGAUCAGAGGAAGAGUACAGUGGGAAUACAGACUUUUCUCAUCGGAGAUCACCCUCAGGUUACAGAAUGGGGAGGAUAAGCUCGCCUGACCAAUCUAGUUAUCCUAGGGAAAUGGGUGUCAGGAGGCACAAUUCUCCACCUUACUCGCAUAGACCAUCAAAUGCUGGAAGGGGCCGGGGUUAUGCAAGGGGCAGAGGUUAUGCAAGAGGCAGAGGUUAUGGAAGAGAUAGCUUCUCUUUUAGGAAACCAUCUGACCGUCUUGUACAUAGAAACCAUGGAAACUUAAACAGCUUGGAUCCUCGAGAAAGGGUCGACUACAGUGAUGACUUAUUUGAAGGACGAAUUCAUUCUGAACGAUUUGGUGUUGAUGUUAAUGCUGAGAGGAGACAGUUUGGUUAUAGACAUGAUGGUACCAGCUCUUUUAGACCAUCUUUUGACAAUGAUGGUUGUGCACCUACUAAUGUAGAGAAUGGCCCUGAUGCUGUGAGAUUUGGACAGGACCCUGAUAUUGAAUUAGUAGAAAUGGAAAUUGAUGGAAAAAAUAACUCAACUGAGAAUGCAUCUGGAAGUACUAAGAAUAUGGAAGAGGAGGAAACUUCGAAGCUCAGUGAAAUAUGGCAACGAGAAGAGCUUGGCGGUGACGGGGUGUAGAGAAAGGUUAGUAAUACAUAAUAUGCGUGAACCUUCUAAGACAGGAAGCUCAUUAAAAUACCGGCUACAGGCCAGACUUUUCGCCCGAUACAACUAUUUAGACUGGAGAAAGGUUUGAUGAAUGAGUCUCUUUGCUCUACUCGAAAUUGGGCCUGCCUAACAACCCCCACUGUAUGGUUGAGCCAUGACUGUUUUUGGCUUAGAACAUUCACUUUCAUCUGCGAAUAACCAGUUGAUGAAUUCUUCCAACAUGAUGUCAUCAAUUUAGCUUUAGGUACGCCCAAGAUGGAACGAGUACACAUUUUUGUGGAACUUGAAGUAUUAGCUACACCAAGCUUGCUUGAAAUGUUGAAACAGCCGCUGAUUAUCUGUUGGUAGAACUGGGUAUACCGGCCAUGGCAAAAAACAGUGGAAACAGCCAAAGUUGCACCAACCAGUUGGACCUAUUGGUUUGGUUAAUGGCUCCUUCUCCUUUAUCAUAUUGCAAGUGAGUUCCAACUUCGAAGGUACAUCUCACCGUAGGGAAAGGAAUAUAACUGUUUUGAUGUAGUAGCUUCUCCAGUGUAGGCAUGGUAUACAAAUCUGACCAAUAAAUCUUA